UCAAAAAGGGGUCUUCUUCAUUGUACCAAAAUCUAUAGUUUCUCAGAGGCUUUUCAGAGAGAGGGUAAGGGGGAGAGAAGGGGAAGGAACCAAGAUUUGGAAAUUUCAACGAGAGAUAUUUUCUCUGUAAUGGCUUCAAGAAACGUUCUUCAACAGCAGAAUAUAGGUGAGGCAGUACCCGGGGCACUAAAACAGAAGAAUAUGGCAGCAGCAGCACAAGGUAGAAACCGAAAGGCGCUUGGUGAUAUUGGGAAUAAUGUGGUAACUGUUCGUGGCGUCGAGGGAAAGCCACUUCCUCAACGCCCCAUAACAAGGAGCUUUUGUGCACAAUUGCUCGCUAAUGCACAAGCAGCAGCUGAAAACCAAAAGAAAUCUUUGGUGGUUAAUGGGGAUGCACCGAUCGUUGCUAAAGGAGCUCUAGCGGUUAAAGCUGCAGCCAAAAAACCAGCUCAUAAGAAAGUUGCUGUAAAACCAAAGCCUGAUGUGAUUGAAAUUAGUCCUGGUACUGAAGAACAAGUGAAGGAAAAUAAGCAAAAGAAGAAGGCUGGUGAUGACUCUUCACUAAAGAAAGCAACUCUUACUUCAACUCUCACUGCUAGGAGCAAGGCUGCUUGUGGACUGAGUCAUAAACCAAAGGUCCAGAUUGUGGACAUUGAUGCUGUUGAUGUGAAUAAUGAGUUGGCUGUGGUGGAAUAUGUUGAGGAUAUUUACAAUUUUUAUAAGAUAGCUGAGAAUGAGAGCAGAAUUCAUGAUUACAUGGAUUCACAGCUUGAGAUAACUGAAAGAAUGAGAGCUAUUCUGAUUGAUUGGUUGAUUGAAGUGCAUCACAAAUUUGAGCUUAGUCAAGAGACUCUUUACCUCACAAUCAAUAUCGUCGAUCGUUAUCUCGCGGUCACAACUACAUCAAGGAGGGAAUUGCAGUUAGUAGGCAUGAGUGCUAUGCUCAUUGCCUCUAAAUAUGAAGAAAUCUGGGCUCCCGAGGUGAAUGACUUUGUGUGCAUCUCAGAUAAAGCUUACAGUCAUGAGCAGGUGUUGGGAAUGGAGAAAAGGAUUCUUGGCCAAUUGGAGUGGUACUUAACAGUUCCAACACCUUAUGUGUUCCUCGUUCGCUUUAUCAAAGCUGCUGUUUCUAAUGCACAAAUGGAAAACAUGGUUUAUUUCCUGGCUGAAUUGGGGUUAAUGAAUUAUGCAACAAAUAUCUACUGCCCAUCGAUGAUUGCUGCCUCAGCAGUCUAUGUUGCUCAACACACACUGAAUUGCACUCCGUUUUGGAACGACACACUAAAAUUGCAUACUGGUUUCUCAGAGUCUCAGCUACUGGGUUGUGCAAAGUUGCUGGUAAGCUAUCACAUGGAAGCUCCAGAACACAAGCUGAAAGUGAUUUACAAGAAGUAUUCGAGACCUGAGAGAGGUGCUGUUGCACUGCAACCUCCAGCCAAAUCCCUGUUGGCUGCUUCUUUAUAUGAAUAAUAAAUAACCAAAAGGGGCUGGGGCUUAGUUCGAGUUCUUUAUUUUGUUUUCAUUUUUUUCUUGUUGUCACAAUGCAUUGAAAUAUUUAGUUAAAAUCAACAACAUUAUUUCAAGAGUUGUUCA